GCCUGGCCCCGACGUGGUUGGGGAUGAAUGCUUUGGUGAGACGUGGAGCGGCCCGUGCGGGCAUUCCCUGUAUUUGGAGAGGGAAAUGCUUCAGCUCCGGGAAUGAGCCGGCAGAAAGCCGCCAGGUGACGCCGAUGCUGCGGCAUCUUAUGUAUAAAAUAAAGUCUACAGGUCCCAUCACUGUGGCAGAGUACAUGAAGGAGGUUUUGACCAACCCAGCCAAGGGAUAUUAUGUGCAUCAUGAUAUGCUAGGAGAAAAAGGAGACUUCAUAACCUCACCUGAAAUAAGUCAGAUCUUUGGGGAGCUACUAGGGGUGUGGUUUGUAAGUGAAUGGAUCAGCUCUGGAAAAAGCACUGCUUUCCAGCUGGUGGAGCUGGGCCCAGGUCGGGGUACCCUCACUGGAGAUAUUUUGAGGGUGUUCAGUCAGCUUGGGUCUGUGCUAAAAAACUGUGACAUUUCAGUCCACCUAGUAGAGGUGAGCCCAAAGUUAAGUGAGAUUCAAGCCCUGACACUGACGGAGGAGAAGCUCCCUUUGGAGAGAGAUGCUGACUCCUUGGUGUACAUGAAAGGUGUCAGCAAGUCUGGGAUUCCAGUCUCCUGGUACCGAGAUCUGAAGGACGUCCCUAAAGGAUACAGCUUUUAUCUCGCACAUGAGUUUUUUGAUGUUCUUCCCGUGCAUAAAUUUCAGAAAACCCCACAAGGAUGGAGAGAAGUGCUUGUUGAUAUCGAUCCACAGGUUUCAGAUAAGCUGAGGUUCGUCCUGGCGCCUUGUGCAACCCCAGCAGAAGCCUUCAUACAACACGAUGAAAGAAGGGAUCAUGUAGAAGUCUGUCCCGAUGCUGGCGUUAUCAUACAGGAACUGGCUCAGCGCAUUGGACUCACUGGAGGCGCUGCCCUCAUUGCCGACUAUGGUCACGAUGGAACGAAGACAGACACCUUCAGAGGCUUCUGUGGACACCGGCUUCAUGAUGUCUUAAUUGCUCCUGGAACAGCCGACCUCACAGCUGAUGUGGACUUCAGUUUUCUGCGCAGAAUGGCCCAGGGAAAAGUGGCUUCUCUGGGGCCAGUAGAGCAACGGACAUUUUUAAAAAACAUGGGCAUUGAUGUUCGGCUGAAGGUUCUUUUAGAUAAAGCAGAUGAGGCAUCCGUGAAGCAGCAGUUACUGCGGGGGUAUGAUAUGUUAAUGAACCCUCAGAAGAUGGGAGAAAGAUUCAACUUCUUUGCCUUGCUACCUCAUCAGAGACUUCAUGGUGCAAGUCAAGAAAGGAAUGCCCGUCAGUCAAAAACCCCCACAUCAUCUGUAGCUGGGUUUGGUGAACUUGUUUGGCAGUGAUAGUUCAACUUGGACUUUUUAUACCUCAGUGUGCUUUAAAAAUCAAAAUGAGGCCGGGCUGUGGUGGCGCACGCCUUUAAUCCCAGCACUCGGGAGGCAGAGGCAGGCGGAUCUCUGUGAGUUCGAGACCAGCCUGGUCUACAAGAGCUAGUUCCAGGACAGGCUCCAAAGACACAGCGAAACCCUGUCUCGAAAACCAAAAAAAAAAAAAAUCAAAAUGAAACUCAUUUUGUAUAUUGAAGGUAAUGUAAUGUUCAAACUACUUAUCUCUUUGCAGUCAAUUUGCAGUCAAUAAAAUAGCCUCUUUUACAUAAACACAAUCAAAAUGAUUGAAUGUUCAAGGUUAUAACUAACUCGUGGUACAAUUGUUUGCAACCUAGUGAAGUAGUUUAUUGUGAUAUCAAAUUUCCUGUAAUGAAGCAAGUUGCUGUAUUUCUAUUUACUUUUUAAAAAUAUACAUGAGAACAGGUUGGUGUGUCAGAAACAGGAAGUAAGGUAAAUGGUUAUCUCCAGAGGUCUGAGUCAAGAGCUCUGGAUAUUAUUUUUUACAGAGGGAAAAGCCAUAUAUUCUGAUAGAAGGAUCUCUAAGGUUUAGUAAAUGGACAAAGUGAGAUGCAAGAGCUUCUAGUGUUGAUCCUGGUCUUGCUGACGGAGAGAAUUAAAUGAACAUGCUCGUGUGACUUAGUGUCUUUCUGUGGUGUGCAUGUGCGGAGAGAGGAUGAAGGACAAGAGCUGAUGGGGAAGCAGGUGUCAGAAGGCUUAAUCUGUGGAUUUUAGUACAGAUUAAUACUAAAAUUUUAAAGAAUAAAUGUCAGAGUAAAAAA